AUGGAAUUCUCAAUACAUAAUUUGCAGAAAUAUAAACUAGCUGUACAUAUCGUACAGUUAGCUAUGGCAGUUGUCAUAUGGGUGUUAGAUAUCAUCGUUAUGCGAUCAACUGCAACAGUAGAUGGAAGACUUGGAUGGAACUUUGGUUAUACAUUCUUGGUUUUACCCGCAGUGAUCUAUCUUACCAUGACCGUACGCUUUCCCCGGACGAGAAAAUUCGCAAACCCGUAUGCGCUGUUGGUGAUUGAUCUCGUUUGGUGUGUGAUGGCUCUGUCGGCUUUUGCAGCGGUCGCAAAUUGGAAUUCAACCGGGAAAUGUGGAAGUGGGUGUAAAGUGAGCAAGGCAGUUGUGGGAUUAGGUGUUUUCUUAUGGCUCUUCUGGAUUCUCUCAACAGCAAUGUCAUUCUAUGGUCUAGUGUACUACAAGAGAGAAGGAUAUCUUCCCGGCGCAUCCCGAGCUCCUAACAACGCAGCCAUGAUCGAUCCCGAUAAAGAAGCUUUCUCCACCGCUCCCCACGAUGACGAAUAUGCACCAGUUCAUAAUGUCGAAGAGCACGAAGAGCAUGAAUUACACGAUGAUGGAUAUCCCGGCGGAAACUUUGUAGGCAGAGUUCACUCACCAGAUUACGAACCUUCGAGUUACGGAGGAUCAUAUGCACCUACAUCGACGGCUCAUCAUGAUGAUUUGGAAGCUUCAACCGCGUAUACCGGAUACAGUGCGAGUGGAUAUGGCGGAUCACAAAAUUCGAGGACGGGGCGAGCGCAGUUUCCCGAGGGAAAUUAUGGUAAUAUUCCAGUCAUUGGUGAACCAUGA